AUGGGAGACUGGUCCAUUCUUGGCCGCUUCCUAACGGAGGUUCAAAACCAUUCCACUGUCAUUGGCAAGAUGUGGCUGACGAUGCUGCUCAUCUUCCGCAUCCUUCUGGUGGCUCUGGUGGGGGACGCAGUCUACAGCGACGAGCAGUCCAAGUUCACCUGCAACACCUUGCAGCCCGGGUGCAACAACGUCUGCUAUGACACUUUUGCCCCCGUCUCACACCUGCGCUUCUGGGUCUUUCAGAUUGUCCUGGUCUCCACACCUUCUAUCUUCUACAUUGUAUACGUGUUGCAGAAAAUCACCAAGAAUGAAAAGUUAGAGGAUGAUAAGAAGGUGGAGGUGGUACCAAGGUCAUCGCCUUCCUAUGAGAGGGAUAAACAGACAGGAGGAGAUAUAGAGGCGACAAUGGAAGUUGAAAGUCCCUAUAACGCAACCUAUAACAAGGAGGACUGGAGUUUAAGGGGAGGGGAGUGUGAGGGGAAGAGCCUUCAUGGAGAAGAUAUUCCAGAGGUAGGAAAGGACCCAACAGAGCUCUCAAGCCAAGUGCUACUUAUCUACAUCAUACAUGUUUUGCUGCGCUCCAUCAUGGAGAUAAUCUUCCUCAUUGGACAGUAUUACCUGUUUGGAUUUGAAGUUCCACACCUUUUCCGCUGCGAGACCUACCCCUGUCCCAACAGGACUGACUGCUUUGUAUCCCGAGCAACAGAGAAGACCAUCUUCCUCAACUUCAUGUUCAGCGUCAGUCUAGGUUGCUUCAUCUUGAACAUUGUGGAGCUACAUUACCUGGGCUGGAUUUAUAUUUUCAGAGUAUUGUUCUCGGCGUGCUGCACAUGCUGUGUUUCCAACAGGAAUGCAGGACAGCAGGCAGAUUUAUACUCAAACAACAACCCCCUGUUGCUGGAGCUCAAACACUCUCUGCGGGGCAGGGUCGUCCUGCAGACCACUUCUUUAGUGUCCCGGGAUAAGGGCAGCUGCGGGGCCCCAAUCCAAGGGCCGACCAUCUCCUUCGAGACAGACUCCACACUGGAGUGCACUUCCAAGAGGAAUCCAGAUGAGAAGGAACGCAGCAAGUCUAAAUUACACAAUAUAGCCAAGAUAGGAAGAGGGAAAAAGUCAUGGCUGUGA